UUAAUGCACCAUCAUGGAGAGCAGCAGUGAAGCGACAGGCAGCACCGAAGUAGUACGCAAAGGUGGCGCUGAACGCUUACAUCGAAAGGGGUAUCCGUUUGCGUCAAGAGCGGGCCCUAGAACAAUGGACACAGACGGACGCACUGGACGCACCGCUCGGUCCACCGCUCUCUAGUACUGUGACACGCUGGCUACUGUACGGUACCGUCGUGCCCUCCGUCCAUUCGUCCAACUACCAGCACCGGCAAUACGCCGCCGUCCAUUCCACCACAUCACACAGCCGGCACACAGUACGCCGACUGCCCAGACGCAAAAUGUCUUCGGCGGAAAGUGGUGGCAGCGGUGGUGAUGGUGUUGGUGGCUGCAGCAGCAGCAGCACCAGUAGUCCCACUGUGCCCUCACCGAUCCGACGAACGUCCGGGCGGCGUGCUCGUGAACUCCAUCGUACGUCGACGGCCACCUCGUCGUACUCGUCGGCCGGUUCCAUAACCUCCAUACUGUCCAGCCUGUCCUCGGUGAACAGUGCGAGCGGUGGUCAUCAGCAGCAACAUUCCCAGCGCAAACAGCGUCGUUACAAGCGACGAACAGCCAAGACAGCAGCAGCACCGGGUACAACCGAAACCAAAGGUGGUGAGAUCACCAGGCGGCGUACGCGAAAAGCGAUGGCCAGCAAAUCGAACCCCGAUACCCGGUGGACCGACGAGAGCCGGUCCGAUACUUCAGAACAUUCCAUUGAGGGACCAGUGUCGAUGCCAUGGUUCGGCAUGGACAUUGGUGGCACGUUGACGAAGUUGGUGUACUUCGAGCCGAAAGACAUCACGCCGGGUGAGCUGGACCAGGAGGCACGCAUACUGCGCAACAUUCGGCGCUACCUGACGAAGAAUUCGGCCUACGGUAAGACGGGCCACCGGGAUAGCCACCUGCAGAUGGACGAUGUGGUGAUCCGGGGUCGCCGUGGAUCGCUUCACUUCAUUCGCUUUCCAACGUCGGAAAUGCUCAGCUUUCUGAGGCUUGCGAAAUCUAAAGGCAUGGCCCAGCUGGUAACGACCGUUUGUGCGACCGGAGGUGGUGCGUUCAAGUUCGAGGAAGACUUCCGAGUAAACGUCAACAUGAAGCUGGCCAAGUUUGAUGAGCUGGAUGCGUUGAUCAAAGGGAUUCUGUUUACCGAAACGCACAACAAAUGUGAAUGCUACUUUUGGGAAAAUGCCAAUGAAAUUAGUAGUACGAAGAAAAAGUUUGACUUUAGUCAACCGUACCCGUUUAUACUGGUGAACGUCGGCUCGGGCGUAUCGGUGCUGGCGGUGCGCGGCCCAGACAACUACAAGCGCAUCUCCGGCACGAGCCUGGGCGGCGGAACAUUCCUGGGCCUAUGCUGUCUGCUCACCGGCUGUGAAACAUUCGAGGAAGCAAUACAGUUAGCGACGAAGGGUGAUCAUAAGAAAGUAGAUAAGCUAGUUAAAGACAUUUACGGCGGUGACUACGAGCGGUUCGGGCUGCCCGGCGAGUUGGUCGCGUCCAGCUUCGGCCAGAUGCAUCUCGAGGAAAGAAGGCAGAGCGUUAGCAAGGAGGAUUUGGCACACGCUAUUCUGGUGACGAUCACCAACAACAUCGGUUCGAUCGCACGCAUGUGCGCAAGCAACGAGAAGAUCGAAAAGGUUGUAUUUGUGGGCAACUUUCUGCGCGUGAAUCCAAUCUCGAUGAAGCUGCUAGCGUACGCGAUGGAUUACUGGUCGAAGGGAACGCUCAAAGCCUUGUUCCUUGAGCACGAGGGCUACUUCGGUGCUGUCGGUUGCCUUUUGCAGUUCAACGGUGAGCUGCACGCACAAAUCGGUGAUUUACUUACUUAGAUAAUAGGU